UGGUGACGCCGCUGUGUGGUAUUUCAUCAGUAAACAUCCUGCGGAUUUGAACGCUCGUUUUGGGCGGCAGGAAGAGGCGCGGACGCCAUCUUGUUUGUUUGAGUGGAAGUGGCAGCGGCUGAGCCCGAGUGAAGGAGGAGACGGAGCGGCCUCAGCGGACGGCGGGGCCAGCAUAAGGCGGUAAUUCCUCGGUGGCUAAAGCCUUAACACAGGAAGAUGUUUUACGCACACUUUGUGCUGAGCAAGAGAGGGCCGCUGGCCAAAAUCUGGCUGGCGGCCCACUGGGACAAGAAGCUGACUAAAGCGCAUGUGUUUGAGUGCAACCUCGAGAGUAGUGUGGAGAGCAUCAUAUCACCCAAGGUAAAAAUGGCUCUGCGUACUUCUGGGCAUCUCCUUUUGGGUGUUGUCAGAAUCUACCACAGGAAGGCAAAGUACCUCCUUGCUGACUGUAACGAAGCUUUCAUCAAAAUAAAGAUGGCCUUUCGGCCUGGGGUGGUGGAUUUGCCGGAAGAAAACAGAGAAGCUGCAUACAAUGCGAUCACUCUGCCUGAAGAAUUUCAUGAUUUUGACCAACCAUUGCCAGAUCUAGAUGAUAUUGAUGUGGCCCAGCAGUUCAGCCUGAACCAAAGUAGAGUGGAGGAGAUCACUAUGCGGGAGGAGGUUGGAAACAUUAACAUCUUGCAAGAUAAUGAUUUUGGUGACUUUGGUAUGGAUGACCGAGAGAUGAUGCGUGAAGGCAGUGCUUUUGAAGAUGACAUGUUGGUCAGUACCAGCGCCACCAAUCUCUUACUGGAACCAGAGCAGAACCCCAGCCAGCUGAACGAAAAGAGCAACCACUUGGAAUAUGAUGACCAAUACAAAGAUGACAAUUUUGGAGACGGAAAUGAUGGCGGAAUAUUGGAUGACAAGCUUAUAAGUGAUGGUGGAGGGGGUAUCUUUGAUGACCCACCCACUCUUCCGGAAGAAGGUGUCGCGAUGCCUGUACUGCCUGCACAUGACGACGAUCUGGAUGAUGAUGAUAAUGUAUCACUUGGUGGGGCAGACAGCCCUGAUUCUGUGGAUCCUGUGGAGCCUCUGCCAACUAUGACUGAUCAGACUACCUUGGUUCCAAAUGAAGAGGAAGCUUUUGCUCUAGAGCCCAUUGAUAUUACAGUCAAGGAAACUAAAGCCAAGAGGAAGAGAAAGCUUAUUGUGGACAGUGUGAAGGAGUUGGACAGCAAAACAAUUCGUGCCCAGCUGAGUGACUACUCUGACAUUGUCACAACCCUGGAUCUGGCACCCCCAACCAAGAAACUGAUGAUGUGGAAAGAGACUGGUGGUGUGGAAAAACUGUUCUCCCUUCCUGCUCAGCCUUUGUGGAACCCUAGGCUCCUUAAGCUGUUUACACGUUGCCUCACGCCUGUGGUACCUGAUGAGCUUAGAAAGAGGAAAAAAGGUGGAGAGGCUGAUAAUCUGGAUGAGUUCCUUAAAGAAUUCGAGAAUCCAGAUAUUCCAAGAGAGGAGCUGAGACAACAGGAUGUUAUUGACCAACCUAUUUUGGAAGAAGCCAGUAGAUUGCAGGAGUCAUUGAUGGAGGGAAGCAGAUCGCAGAUGGAUGAAACUGUGAUGCCGCCGCCACCACCACCUCCUCCUCAGCAGCAAGGUGUGAAACGUGACUCUCAACAGAUGGAACCAGAGCCAUUGAUUCCGCAAGAACCAGAGCCUCAAAUAGAGAUGCCACCCAUGGAACUUCCACCAGAGGAGCCUCAGACCCUCAGUGAACUAAUCCCAGAGCUCAAUCUACUACCAGAGAAAGAAAAGGAGAAAGAUGAGGAGGAAGAAGAGGAGGAGGAAGAUGUCACAGGGACUGAGCAGGACCAGGAAGAGAGAAGGUGGAACAAGAGGACUCAACAGAUGCUGCAUGGUCUUCAGAGAGUCUUGGCCAGAACGGGGGCUGAAUCCAUUAGUUUGAUUGACCUGUGCCGGAAUACAAACCGCAAGCAAGCUGCAGCAAAAUUCUACAGUUUCCUGGUUCUUAAAAAGCAACAAGCUAUUGAGCUGACCCAGGAGGAACCGUACAGUGACAUCAUCGCCACACCAGGCCCAAGAUUUCAUGUGGUCUGACUUGCUUCUCCCUCCAGCCUGAGCAAGUGACCUCACCACACAUUUUAUGAACCUCUAUGCUGGAGCUUGCAUGGCAGAGCCGUGUGAUAGAGGCUUAUCGCAACACCAACCUGGUCAAAACCAUGUCAUGUCUCCCUGCUGGCGUUUUAUUGGGCAUGGUUAUUUUAAUAUAUGUACAAAGUUUGUCCAUUUUGUUUUUUAAUUUUUUUCUUUAAAUGUAACUUCUAUAUUUUUAUGGGUUAUAAAUGUGGAUUUGGGUGGGUGGGGGGAUCAUUUUUGGUUUUCCCAACCAACUCAUUACAACUUUUCUGGAGUAAAAAGCGUAGAGUGAGAUUCAGGCAGUUGUGUGCAGUAUU